GGAAUGUCAACUGUUUCCCACACGCAGAGUGAGCAAAUCAAGAAUUUGUUUUUCUCGGUCAAAUCGCAUUAGUUUCACUGAAAUGCCUACUCCUCCGUGCGUGCACGCAGUGUAGUGUCAAAUUCGAUCAAUUUUCGGUCAGACCCAAAUCGUGAAGCGUCGCAAAUUUCGGAAAACCUCUCAGAAAACUGAAAAAUAAUCAGGAAAAACAUCGAGUCAGCUGUUUCUAUUUUCUCUGGAAAGUCAAUAGCAGCCGAGUGCCGACACCACCGCCGCCGCAAGCACUUCACACAAAUCGAAAUGUCCCACAACGAGGAAUUCGCAUUGCCACCGCGAGCGAUGAUGAUUUUGGCGCGGCCACCGAUCCUUGAGGAGCUCGAGAGCAACGAGGACAAGUCGUUCCAGGACAUCUUGGGCAGCGACAUUGGCCUCGAUGAUCCCGACAUGAGUCUGCGGAAGCGACGUGGUUGGUUCCCGGACACUGAAUCGUUAGUAUCGCAGGGCAUUGACCUUCUGGAUGAGGACGAUGACGAACUGGUAGAGGAGGAAGAGGAUGGGGCCGGAUGUCCCCUGCCGUCCACACCCGAGGAUCAUCAAUUGCUCGAAGCAGAGAUGACAGAGGUGUUAAAGGCCGGCGUACUCUCGGAUGAAAUUGACUUAGGGGCUCUAGCUCACAAUGCUGCUGAACAAGCGGAAGUGUUCGUUCGAAAGGUCUGGGAAGCUAGCUGGAAUGUUUGCCAUUAUCAAAAAUUACCAAAAUGGCUACAAGAUAAUGAUUUUUUACACAAAGGACACCGACCACCAUUGCCUUCAUUUGGUGCAUGUUUCAAAUCUAUUUUUCGCAUUCACACAGAGACCGGUAACAUAUGGACACAUUUGUUAGGAUGUGUAGCAUUCAUAGCGGUGGCAUCGUAUUUCUUAACACGUCCUUCCGUUGAGAUACAAAUACAGGAGAAAAUCAUAUUUGGAGCCUUUUUUGCGGGCGCUAUCGUUUGUUUAGGAUUCUCAUUUGCAUUUCAUACGCUCAGUUGUCAUUCAGAAGUUGUUGGUAAACUUUUCUCUAAGCUGGAUUAUUGUGGUAUUGCACUGCUCAUCAUGGGAUCGUUUGUGCCAUGGUUGUACUACGGUUUCUACUGUCACUAUCAACCGAAAGUAAUUUAUUUAUCUGUGGUUUGUGUUCUGGGGGUUCUGUCGAUAGUCGUGUCGCUUUGGGAUAAGUUUUCAGAGCCAAAUUUACGACCACUUCGAGCUGGAGUCUUCAUGAGUUUUGGACUCUCGGGAAUUAUUCCAGCGAUCCAUUACGGGCUAAUGGAGGGUUGGUUCAGCAAAAUUAGUCAGGCUAGUUUGGGAUGGCUAGUAUUAAUGGGUCUUCUCUAUAUUCUGGGGGCGCUGUUCUAUGCGAUGCGCGUACCUGAGAGGUGGUUCCCUGGCAAAUUUGAUAUAUGGUUCCAAUCACAUCAAAUAUUCCACGUGUUAGUGAUAGCUGCUGCGUUCGUACACUACCAUGGUAUCACAGAGAUGGCGAUGUACAGAGUGACGGUUGGUGAAUGCACAGUUCCUCAUCCAGCCAUCGCCUUCUAAAUCGAACCAUCAUCCAUAAUCGAGCAGAAGUCGCCAAAAAAUUUGAAUUGAGGUUAAUUCAAUGCAAGGAGACACACAUUCACACUAUUUUCUCUUUAACGAUAAAAGUAAAAUCCUUAAGUGUUGUACACAUGAGAAGAGAGUGUAGUAACCCAAGUUCAAAAUUUCAAGAAGAAAGUACUCGAAUCAUCAUGAAAUUUAGUGAAAUGUAUUAUUAUUUAUUAAAUAACGAAAGAAAGAUGAAAAAAAAUAGAAGAAACUCUAAGACCAUUGUCAAAUUCAUUAUUGAUUAUAACGAAAUUCGGGGAAAGGGUAUUCUAAUUUUAGUUACGAAUCAACUUUAGAUGUUUAUUCAUUGUUUAUGUAAAUAAUUUCGUUUUCUAUUCAAUGUUAUUUUUCCUAAUCAAUUUAAUUUAUUUCACUUCUAGAGAGGGAAUGAAAUCAGUCGGUAAGCUCUGGAUAUCCUUACUUCAGAACGGUUAAUUGCAAGAACUUUUCAGCUAGUUUUCCAGUGUUAAUUUCUAUCAUUUGCUUGAAUGCUAUUCAGCGGCCAAAAUGUCUCUAACCAUUAGCACUGACUGAAUGGGAAGAUGACAUGGUUUAGGGCUUCCACGAGAUAUCAGUAACCUUAUCAAGAAUUUCCACUUUCCAUUGCAGUUUGAUAUCAUUGCCAAAAUCAAAGCAAGCACGAAUCGAUGCUCCACGCUAUGUUCAAGGUUUUUUGAAUGAUAAUACGUGAAAACAGCUUACAGUCCUUACGAUUUCAUUUUCUUAUCCAUUGAUUGUUUGCAUGGCGUUGCAAAUGCCUCGAAUUUUGUUGAUUAUGCUUCUCUUCUUGCGGAAAUUUAUUUGAAAAACGAUAAAUAGCCAAUUUAGGGGAAUAAACAAAGCUGAUUGCUUGUAAAAGAGUUUAGUAGAAGAAGGAAUGGAUCGAGAUAACAUACACAUAGUUUAGACUUUCCCAAAGAUACAUGCAGGCCAGAUGACAACCUUUUCCAUUCAGAUUGAGAGUUCACUGUCGGUCGAUAUUCUCUAAUAGUUACAUAUACUUACCUUACUACUUCAAUUUGCAUGCAUAGCUUAGUCGAAUCAACAACAACAACAACUACUACAAAAAUACAAUACACACUGAGCACAUUUAAAGUAAAAUAUCAACAGAAUUAAAUUCAAUCAGUGAAAUCAAUUUUAUAUGGAUUUUUAUUGAAACAUGUGUACUUGGAAUCUUAUUAAAAAUGAACAUUUUUUUACACAAAAUGAAAGUAACGUUACAAUAGGAGUUAAUCGUAAUCCAUUCUAAAAUGCAUAAAGGUUAGACCGUUAGAUGAGAAAUGAAGUAGAAUCGAAUGGGAUUUAAGUGUUGAACGUACAUUUAUAAUUAAGCAGAAAUAAUACAAACAUAGCUCUAAGUGAUCAUCCUCUCAUCAAAUGGAGUAAAUAGAAGCUAUUCCUUUAUUGAAGUUGCCUCAACUUAGUCUGCAGGAAAUGUGCAGUUCUCGAAUGUACUUAGAGGGAGGGGCAUCCCCAGCUUCCUUGGCCUCUCCCUCUGCCAAUUGGCUUGUUUGUUUUCAUUCGAAACCAACCUCCUGGUGGCGAAGGCUAAAGAAGAUUACAUGCGUUUAAGUCUGGUACGAAACAAAGCAUUCCAGCCCACAAUCAAGACUAUUUUCUGAACUAUUCUGAAUAGUUUCGCCCCAAUCGCAAAAAGCUUCUAUUUACCUUCUUUUCCCCCCAAAACAUUUUACCUUUUCAAUAUGUUUUAUGCAAACGUUUUAGUAUUGCAAUGUUUUCAUUUGCACCGUUUUCAUUAAAAUUUGAUCAGUUGCAUUAGAUUGUUUUUGAGGAGAAUUUUCAUUGAUAACUUGAAUUUUUCUUGCUUUCAAUUGUGUAGAGUGCAAUUAUGUUUGUUUCAAGUAGAUGAAAAUUAAAGAAAAUUUAGAUUGGAUAUUAUUUGUAGUUUACGUUCAAUGCCCUUAGACAAUAUAAAAAACACAUACAUCAAAAUGAAUUUAUUUAUAUGUGGUGUUAAUUAUAAGAUAAUUGGUUACUGUCAUUUUUGAAUAAAUUGUGGAAAAUAAA